UGACCCCCUGCCCAGCCAGCCCACACCUCGCCGCCGCUCCUCCUGCCAACCGCCAAUCCCACAUUCUCCUCGCUCUCUCUCUCUCUCUCUCAUCCACUGCUCUCCUGUUCUCCUCCUCGCCAUCUGUUCACUCCUCCUUGUCGACGUUUCACUUGCGCUCUACUCUACGACCCCCAUCCCGCACUCACCCCUCCCUCUUCAUCCCCCCUCCCCCCUUCCCCGCAUACUCCCUCCAGCGAAAAUGAACUACCCCAACGGUCAUGACUCGGCAGGCAGCGAUGCCAAAGACGACUUUGGCGACAUCAACCUCGGCGACAUGAACACGGAAGAGUUCAUGAACCCAGCAAAGCGAGACAGCAUCGCGGGUCACUCCGAGUUCCACGGAGACGCCAACGGCCACACCGCGUUCAACGAUCCACAAGAGGAGGGCGGUCUCCAGCGCGCAUUGACCAGCAGGCACAUCUCGUUCAUUGGGUUUGGUGGGGGAAUCGGAGUAGGCCUUUUCGUCGGUAUAGGACAGUCGCUCGCCGCCGCUGGACCUCUCGGCAUUCUCCUCUCAUUCUCCAUCACCGGUACCCUCGUUUGGUGUGUCAUCCAAUCAAUCGGCGAGAUUAUCACAAAGUAUCCUGUCGAUGCGACAUUCCCAGGCAUCGGCAGUCGUUUCGUCGAUCCAGCCGUCGGAUUCACGAUUGGGUACACAUACUGGCUGAACAUGGCCAUUUCGGUCGCAGUCGAGGUCACAGCGAUUGGCAUCCUCGUCGAGUACUGGAUCACGAGUAUCAAUGCAGCGGUGUGGAUUGCCAUUUCCCUCGUUGCCAUUUACUGCUUCAACAUGCUCCCCGUGCGAUGGUAUGGUGAAGCAGAGGUCGCCACCGCCUGCAUCAAGGUGAUAACGCUUAUCGGACUCAUGCUUUGCUCAUUGGUCAUUACCCUCGGCGGCGCCCCCGACCGGCACCGCCGUGGGUUCGAAUACUGGAGAAACCCCGGUCCGUUCGUCCAGUAUCUCGGCAUCCCAGGCAGCCUUGGGCGCUUCCUCGGCUUCUUCUACACUCUCACAAAUGCCGCAUUUGCCUAUGGUGGUACGGAGGUCAUUGUUCUGGCCGGCGCCGAAGCCAAGAACCCGUCCAAGCAGAUCCCAAGAAACGUGCGCCUUUUUGUUUAUCGCCAGCUUUUCUUCUACGUCGGCGGUUCGCUCAUGAUUGGCAUGAUUGUUCCUUCCAACCACCCCAACCUCGUCAACAAGGCGGCCAACGCUACAUCGUCUCCAUGGGUCAUCGCCAUCAAGACCGCCGGCAUCAAAGCCCUCCCGUCCAUUGUCAACGCGGCCAUCAUUACCUCGGCCUGGUCGGCCGGCAACACGUACCUGUACAUUGCAGCGCGCACUCUCCGCGGCAUCGCGCUCAACGGGCAGGCACCGCGCAUCCUCGCGAGGACCUCGAAGCGGGGCGUACCCAUCUACGCCGUCCUGGCCUCGGCGCCUUUGGGCCUCUUCGGAUUCCUCUCCGUCGGGUCGGGCGGCGCGCCGCAGGCGUUUGACUGGCUCGUGUCCCUGAUCUCGCUCAACAACAUCAUCAACUGGGGCCUCCUGGCAUUCACCUACGUGCGCUUCCACAAAGCCAUGAAAGCGCAGGACAUCAGCCGCCGCACGCUGGUCUGGUACGGCCGCUUCCAGCCGUACGCAGCAUGGUUUGCCGUCAUCUUCUCGUCGGUCGUGUGCCUCUUCAAAGGCUUCCCCGUGUUCAUCACCUACGGCGGCCGCAAGUUUGACGGCGCCGACUUUGUGGCCUCGUACAUCUCGUUUGUGCUCUACCUCGUGCCGUAUCUCGGCUACAAGAUUUUGAAGCGCAGCAAGAUGGUUAAGCCCGCGGAGGCCGACCUCACGUCGAAUAUUAUCAACCCGUGGGAUAUUACCGAGGAACCCGAACCAAAGACGUGGUACGGCAAGGCGUGGCGGCUGAUCACACAGUGAGCGGAAAGGGUGAGGGGCGCGGCCGUGUCGCGUGUAGAGUUACUUGCAUUGUAUCAGUACCCAUGUUAUAAGUACAUGUCCACCCAAUAUUACGAUGUUUCCUC